AUGCCCAUGUUUGGCGGAGAUUCAACAAAGUCCUCUGACGAGGAGCAUCACGAUCACCCGGACGCCGUCAUUGACCCAGCUCUCAGAAAGUUGGCAUCAGGCCCCAGAAGUGAUAAGAGAGGACAGGAGGCCGGUGUUGGCAAUCACAAGGAUCAGCCUUCGAUGCCCACCCGCGUCGAGCCCAGCUUCCAGAUGUCGUCCCCGUUCGUCUCCUCUCCAGCUCUCUGCUCGGAUGCCCGCCUUUUUAACGUCUCGUCGCUCGACAGGCGCCGCCAGCACCAGCACCAGUUCGACAGCAACGCCCGCAUCCCGUCCCCGCCGCCGCCCAUCGCCACCAUCCCCCAGUCCCACUCGCCGUCCCCAUCAGUCGUCUCCGUCGACCGCUCAUCAAACUCGACGCCCCACAUCCGUCGAUCACCCCCGUCCAACACAAUCCAGCAGCAGCAGUCCAUGUACUCAUCAUCAUACCACGCUCACCCGCACGAUCUCCAAUCAGUCAAUAGACAACACCAACAGCAGCAGCAGCACCCGUACGCCCCGCGCGGCGAGCCUAUAAAUCACCACCCGCACCCGCACCAGUACAUGUACAGCCCGCACCCCCCGCCGCCGUUCGACCCCCCGCGCUUCGACCAGCACCACCCCCACCCCCAACACGACACUCGCCUUUCUUUCCGCGACUCGCAACGCCGUAACACAUGUCCCACCCGCCCCCGCCGCCGCAGAUGCAUAGCGCGUACGCAAGGCAGCAGUACCCCCUGCCGGGCCAGCCCCCGACGGCGCUGCUUCAACUGCUGCACCACCGACACGUCGACCUGGCGGCGGUCCAACCUCAGCCCUGGGAAGGUGCUCUGCAACAAAUGCGGCCUCUUCGAACGCACCCACUCCCGCCCACGCCCCGACCAGUUCCCACACAAGCGCGGCCCGCUCGCCUCUUCCGCCCUGCGCGGUCGUACGCCUCCAGGACAGCAGUUCAACUCGUUGAAUGGGCCGCACAAUAUUUCGGCUAGUAGUGGUAACAACCAGACCCAGUUGCCACCGAUUGGCGGUGUGGGUGCAGGGGCGUAUGGAUAUAACGAUUACGGACAUGGGCAGCAGGGGCAAGGAGGACAGCAGGGCCUGCCGACGCUGCAGAGCUGGCAUGGGAAUGGCAGCUCUUCGGGGCCUAGCGCCUCUUCCGGUCCUGUACCCUCUUCCACCUCCGCUGGAAACGCACCCUCCUCUACCACCAACGGAAAUGGUUCUGGUGCCAACCCUCCGACCAACGGAUCCUCGCCCCCAGGCGCACACAAACAACAACAACAACAGGAAAGCCCCCGGCUUCAGACUUCGACUUCGACUUCGUCCUCGUCCAAGGGCGUGAAAUACGAAGAUGGUGUCAAAUAUGAGGAAGGUGCACAGGGACAGGGCGCGCGGUCGCACCCGCCGUCGCCGCCUUCUAGGUCGUCGACAGCGGCAGGGGGUGGGAGUGGAGGCAAGGCGGGUGUGAAUGGGGUGGCGGGGGAUGAGAAGGGCGGGUCGCGAGAUGCUUAA